AUGCCUAGCGCCACGGGCCAGAACUGGGAGAAGUACCAGAAGAACUACGCCGACGAUGAAGAGCCAGAGAAGAAGAUCACACCCCUCACAGACGAUGAUAUCGCAGUACUGAAGACCUACGGAGCCGCUCCCUACGCGAACGCCCUUAAGAAGCUCGAAAAGGAUAUCAAAGACAAGCAAAACAGCGUCAACGAAAAGAUCGGCGUCAAGGAAUCCGACACGGGUCUUGCUCCUCCACACCUUUGGGAUGUUGCCGCCGAUCGGCAACGAAUGGCCGAAGAGCAGCCUCUGCAGGUUGCUCGCUGCACAAAGAUUAUUCAGGAUGAGAAGGAUUCGGACAAGAGCAAAUAUGUCAUCAACGUGAAGCAGAUUGCCAAGUUUGUUGUCAAUCUAGGGGAGCGCGUGAGUCCGACAGAUAUCGAGGAGGGCAUGCGAGUCGGUGUCGACCGGAAUAAGUACCAGAUCAUGCUGCCACUCCCUCCCAAGAUCGACCCCAGCGUGACGAUGAUGACUGUCGAAGAUAAGCCCGAUGUCACAUACGGUGAUGUGGGUGGUUGCAAGGAACAGAUUGAGAAGCUACGAGAAGUCGUCGAGAUGCCUUUGCUAUCGCCAGAGCGAUUUGUGAACCUCGGUAUCGACCCGCCCAAGGGUGCUCUUCUCUACGGUCCUCCCGGUACCGGUAAGACUCUUUGCGCCCGUGCCGUCGCCAACCGAACCGACGCGACCUUCAUCCGUGUCAUUGGUAGCGAGCUGGUCCAGAAGUACGUUGGUGAGGGUGCUCGUAUGGUUCGUGAGCUGUUCGAGAUGGCCCGUACCAAGAAGGCCUGCAUUAUCUUCUUCGACGAAAUCGAUGCCGUUGGUGGUGCUCGAUUCGACGAUGGUGCCGGUGGUGACAACGAAGUCCAGCGUACUAUGCUGGAGUUGAUUACCCAGCUGGAUGGUUUCGACGCUCGUGGUAACAUCAAGGUCAUGUUCGCUACCAACCGACCGUCCACACUGGACCCGGCCCUGAUGCGUCCUGGUCGUAUCGACCGAAAGAUCGAAUUCUCGCUCCCCGACGUCGAGGGACGAGCCAACAUUCUGCGUAUCCACGCCAAGAGCAUGUCCGUGGAGCGGGACAUCCGAUGGGAGCUUAUUUCUCGUCUGUGCCCCAACGCGACUGGUGCCGAACUGCGCAGUGUCGCUACAGAGGCCGGCAUGUUCGCUAUUCGGGCACGAAGAAAGGUGGCCACCGAGAAGGACUUCCUGGCAUCGGUGGAGAAGGUCAUCAAGGGCAACCUGAAGUUCAACUCGACCGCGACAUACAUGCAGUACAACUAA